UUAAGCGAUCCAACGGCUUUGACACCUAAUUGUCAUGUUUGACUGAAAGUUUAUAGCUGCCGUGUGAGUGUGUAAAGAAAAAAUAAAGCUGGAGAGAAAGAGAGAACCAGGGAGGCUGUGUGUUACACGCCAUUGAAAUGCAAAUAUCACUGAAGAACAAGGAGUGGUUCUGUGUCUGUGAGUGUGUAUGGCGAGUGUGUGUGUGUGUUUGUAUGUGUGUGUAUGCAUGCAGCGGGGCAGCAGUGGGAGAGGAGGGGCACAAAUUGGACAAGUUUUUUGGGGGAGAAGGUACUUUAGGAAACAGCCACACACACACAAACAAUACGCACACAUCCAGAGCAGCUUCACAUGACACGCCGCGGACCUGCGGAUUUCCAACACCUACGUGCUAUUGUUUUACUUUACCCCUCGUUCAUUUUACAUUUACAAGUGAUCCUGCACCUUUUCUUUUUCUUUUCAUUUCUUUUUUUUUCUUCUCCCGUGGGUUGCAUGGUGCGCGCGUAUUUUGGAUGCUUGGAUGGUUUAAGGAGCGCUCCGGAGUGCGCAGAAACGUGCCGUGCCAUUCAACCGGCUGAUGCCCCCCUCUCUGCCUGAGUCGCAGUGAAUCAUGUCACGCCGGAAGCAGAAGCGACCCCAGCAUCUAGUUAACGCGGAUCCGGGGGGCCCGAGCCUGCCAUCUCACGAUGAUCAUCUGGGCAUGAAAUCACCCUCCACAUCUCUUGGCUCUGAAGUGACCUCGUCGGGUUCCUCCUCCUCAUCCCCCACCUCUCUACAAGACUGCCAGCCGCCUUUGGCCCCUCGCCCAUCCCCUGGUGGGCUCCACGCGCCCUCCUUACCCAGCGAGAGCUCGCCUCCUCCCCACUGGCCCAGCCACAUCGCCCCUUUCACCACCUCCCUCCCCAACACCCACUCUUCCCUCUCGCCGGACUUUCCCCACCCCUCGCUGUCAUCCCAGACUCACUCGCCUCCUCCCCUGGGUCAGACCUCAGGUUCCCACAGCCUGCCCCACCAGGGGAACCCUCACUCCGCCAUGACCUCCCCACCGCUGGGCAGCUCGGCCGCCGCCACCACUACCUCCUCGUCUUCCUCCUCCUCGUCUUCUCAGUGUGUGCAGCCGCACCGCGACGGCUCCAGUCCGGGUCACCAGCAGGCCUCGGGCUCUCCGGGGCAGCAGGGACAGAUGCACGUGUCGCCGACCCUGGCGGUACUGCUGGAAGAGCUGAGGGUCUUGCAGCAGAGGCAGAUCCACCAAAUGCAGAUCACGGAGGAGAUCUGCAGGCACGUUCUAAGGCUCGGCGGCGCCUUCUUCGGCCAAGAUAAUAACACGCAGGCCCAUGGGGCAGACGGCGGCAGGAAGUCCACAGGAACGGCGUCUUCCUCGCCAACGCACCCCUCCACCGCCACGCCAGUAAGCGCGGCCUCGUUGCUUUUGACCGGCCUUCCGUCUUCCCUCUUUCCCCAGCCUUCUGUCUCCAAAUCAGGUAUUUCACAUGUCAAUGGCAACAGGGCUCAAUCCUCCACGACCUACUCUUCAUUAUCUUCGGCGUCUAUUUCCUCCACCAUUGGCUCCUCUGUUGCGUCCCUGCACCCGCUGUCCUUGUCACUUGGCCUACCGCACCGCUACCUCCACGAGAAAUCCUCAAACACCACCUCCUUCGGCCACAGCAAUGGGAUCAGUUUCCAGACCCCUCCCCUUCCUGCCACUAGCCAAUCCCAGGAUCCCCAGGCCAGCUCCUCUCUGGGCUCCGCCUCCUCGGCGGGACGCGCUCAACACGUGUGCCGUUUUUGCGGGAAGGUGUUGAGCAGCGAUUCGUCACUCCAGAUCCAUCUGAGGUCCCACACGGGCGAGAGGCCCUACCAGUGUCCGGUCUGCCUGAGUCGUUUCACAACCAGGGGGAACCUCAAAGCCCAUUUCCUGCGCCACAGGGAGCAGAACCCAGAGCUGUCGCUCUCCCUGCUUCCCCCGGCGCUGUCCGAUCAACCGCAGAGCGUCCCCGUCCCCACCCAGAGGAGGAGAAAGCGGCGAGCUGAUGACGACGAGUCAAUGAACGGCAUCAAAGGCAGCAUUCCCGGGAUGACCGAGAACAUGGCUCUAGGGUUUCUCUCUGGCGCGUCCGGCCGGCCCUCGCCCUCAUCGCUGCCUCUGCCGCCGUCGGUGGACAUGGCGUUAUUAUCCACAGCCCAUUCACUGCUGCAGCUGAACAGAGCCUCGGCCGUAGCGGCCGCCAACGCAUCAGGCACCGGACUGCCUUCUUCCUCGUCGUCGUUGUCGUCGUCCUCUUCCAUGGGCGGCCAGUUCAAAGGAGCAAAGCAGCAGCGUUUUGAUGAAAACACGCCUCCUCACUCGGCGCUCCAUACAACCUCCCCGUACUCCCAACUGGCCCACCUCCCCAAGAUCCUCUUCCCGGAAGGGACGUCCCCUCACCACCUCGCGCUUCUGCGGCCCCCAGGCCACCCGUCCGCCUCACACCUCACUUCGCCUCAUCAGCUACCCUUCCCGUUUCCACCUUUCCCCAAACCGUUGACCUCCUCCCCCUCCUCGUCCUCUCCCACCACCUCCACGCAGACUUCGGACACCUCCAAGUUGCAGCGCCUCGUGCAGAAGCUUGAAAAGGGGGCCUCGUCUUCCUUCGGCUCCUCGCAAGCCUCCGCCGACGCACAUGGAGACGCACACGGCCACGACCUGUCCGCCACCUCCAGUGCGUAUCGCAGGGAAAUGCUGGCUGCUCUCGGCCUGAGCCCGAGCGCAAGCGUCGCUGGGCUGAUGACCAGCCAGGGAGGCGCCACAACCACCACGACCAACCCUUCUCUGCCCACCGCCCAGGCCGCUAACCAGUGCGGGGUGUGCCUGCGUGUCCUCAGCUGCCCCAGAGCGCUGCGUUUGCACCAAGCCACGCAUCUGGGAGAGCGCCCGUUCCCCUGCAAGCUGUGCGGCCGUUCCUUCUCCACGAAGGGCAGCCUCAGGGCCCACCUGGCGACUCACCGGGCGAGACCGGCCAACUCCCGCGCCCUGAACUCCUGCCCGUUGUGCCCACGGAAGUUCACCAACGCCUUGGUUCUUCAGCACCAUAUCCGCCUGCACCUGGGGGGGCAAAUACCCCCCGACGAAGAUAUGCCUGCUGAGGACGCGGAAGAAACCGAUAAUGCUGUCUUCAACGAGUGCGAGAGCAACUCCCCAUCUAAAGCCCAGCAACUCCUUCCUCUGGCCUUAACGAUGAGCUCCAAGUCUCCGAUUGAUGUUCUAAUCUCAGGGUCCACUUCCGGGAAGUUCGCCGCUGCCGACGCCACUUCUGUGAAGACCGAGGAAUCGGAGGGCUCCACACCCAGUGUUAGCCCACCGCUGACCCGUGAUCCCCCUUCAGUCGGCGCGGAGGACCCCCUGCGUCUGAGAAUCCACACCGUGGCCGAAGGCGGCCCCGCAAACGGCACCGUGCACUCUGAGGAGGAGACCCAGGCGGACCUCGCCAGCCCUUCAAAAGCAGCCUUGGCCAGUUUUCAUUCAGCUGCAGUGAACGGCGAGAUGGAUGAUACGCCUCUAUCCCUCUGCAUCUCAAAGCCUCGAGUAGGAGGAGACUUUAGCGACGGAGCCUGUUCCACGGACAAACCCCCACCAAGUCCCGCCCCCGAACCCCGAGCCGCGAAUGCUUCACCCGCCGCGCUCGCCGCGCCGGCCAGCCCCGAAGCCGUCGCCGAGCCGGAAGAGGCCCGUGGCGGUGUACCACAGCAGAGGGACGCGGCCCAAAGCAAUGUCAGGAGGGAGAGCACCACACCCGAUGUGCCGGCGCCCGUUCCGGAUCCGGUGCAGGACGCGCCGAAGGUGGAGAAGGAGGAGGUGAAGGAGGAGGAGGAGGAGGAUCAUGGCGUGCAAGGAAAGCCCUCGGACGACCCGGAGCCCUCCGCGGCCCCCCCGGCGCCAGCCCAGCCUCCCCGCUCUGACAAACCCUACAGCUGCACCCAGUGCGGGAAGGCGUACGCCAGUAGGAGCGGACUCAAGGGCCACAUGAAAAACCACCCCGGAGCGCUGGCCGGCACUUCGUCCAAGGCUCAAACCAGCGACACAGACAUUGUGGAGGAUCGCAGCUCGCACACAACCAGCAAGAAUCAGGGGGCGAAGGAAGAAGAGCAGGGGGGGUCGACUAAGUCCCCCGAGAAAGGUGAAAGCACAGAUCCCCCACCAGUCAGUGCGGUUUCCAGUGUGGCGGGGGGGCCGCCCAUGGACACCGCUGUGUAGUUAGUUUUGUUUAAGCGGCUGCAGUCAGUCUUUAAGAAGGGUACUGACAAGGGAAUGUAUUUUUUCCGUUUUUUCUAGAGUUAUUGAUUGUAAUUCAUGUUUACCUUUUUUUUGUAUAAGAGAAAUCUAGUUUCUGCUGUAGUCCAAUCGCAAGAGAUUUGUGAAAGUAGUAUUUUAGUUACGUAUUUUUCUAUUUCAAAGACCACAGUGAGGCCUUAUCUUACACACUUCACAGAAUUGUCACAAUGAGAAUUAAUAGUUCUGCGUCCUGUUUUUUUUAAUUAUUUUUUUUGCUGAUUAUCUAUUUCAGCACAGACUGUAUAAGCUGAUUUGAAUGAGAGGGACGGUCCAGCAUUAUACAAGAUUAACUGGUAUAGCAUACCAAAACACAAUUAGUAACGGCCAAUGUUUGUAAAGUGAUGCUUCGGUUAAAUGUAAUGCCUUCUUAUUGUUACUUUCCUUUUUCAGUUUCAUUUUUUUUUUUGUACUGCCAUGCUGCUAAAAGCAUGUUUCUGAUGUGCUGAGUUGCACUGUGAGUCACACCGCGUCGAAGCAUCUUCUUCAACGCGUUAGCGACGACGAAGACCACGACGAUGAUGAUGAUGAUGAUGAUAAUAAUAAUGAUGAUGGCGAUGAUUGUGUUACCCCGUUUGCGAACAGUCCUUGUACUCACAGCUGUGAAGUUUGCUCCUAGCAAGUUACCUUUUUCAUACCGAUGAUUGUAAAUGUUGUUUUUGUCGUUGUCCGGAGUAUCAACCCGACGACCGGGAUGAGCCCCCCCGUGCGUUAAGCCCCGCCUCCUUUUAGUUGUCCGUCUCCCCCCUCGAACUGCUGCUCUCCUCUCUCUCUCAAAGCACUUGAGAGUUUUCUGCUCCUGCAGGUAUUGUCUGAACUCACUGCAUUCCUGCUUCGCCCAGUCUAGUAUUUCUAAACCCCUUCUUUCUUUUUUUUUCUUUUUUUUUUUUUGUAGCAAUGAAAAAAAAAAUGUUCCCAUCCCACCCAUGUGAUGUACAAAAGAUAAAUAAACCAACGGUGAUGU